UACGACCUAAAAUUUCCCUGCGUCUUAGCUUUAUCACUCCAAACAAACUUCUAACAAUUUAACUUCCAAAAUAGCAAAAUGCCAAAAUGUCCAUCUAAUCCCCAUUUUUACAACUGGAUCAAAGAAUUGCGAGAUGAUGCUAAGGAGAAGGAUAACAAGUCCUAUCAUUCCUACUCAAGGUCUAUGAAGGCGCUCUGUAGUUAUCCUAUUCCUUUAAGGUCCGGGGAGGAAGCUAAGAGUAUACAGCACAUCGGAGAUAAGAUAGCUCGUAUGUUGGAUAAGAAGACGGUUCAGUUUUACAAAGAGAGGGGAUAUCGGGAAUCUGAGAUUCAACACUUCAUGAUAGCCUGUGCUUUAGAGAAACUACCGACUGUGAGGGAGAAAAUGAAGAAGGAACUCUUGACAAAGAACCGAAAACGCAAGAAGACGACUCCCCUCUCCAGUCCAAGCCAAGAGGAAUUCGACAACGUUAUUCAACAAAUAGAGAGGGAGACAAGUGAGCUCAUAUCCACAAGCAGCAGCAACAACAUCAGUAAUUCUAAGAAAAAGUGCAAACGAGAAAGAAUUGAAAUCGUGUCUUCUCCAGUUAAAAGAUCGAGUAGCCCGUCCUUGUCGCCUGUAAAGCGAGGAACUAAACCAGAACCGUUUCACUACCGAAAAAGUCCGUGUUUCACCCCUAUAAAGAUAGAAGAAGAACAAAAGGCUAGAGGGACCUUAUCAUCUGGGGAAUCACAACCCGGACCAGCGCACCCUUCCAUAAACCUUUCUAGAUCUCCCUCUCCCAUCUUAGGCAAAUCACCUCCGACCAAUUUUUCACAAUCUCACUCUCCCAUUUUAGGCAAAUCACCUUCUCCUAUCCAUAUAAAAUCUCUGUCUCCCUCAACGAAUAGUGCAACAUAUACAGCUCCAGUGGAUCCAGUGGAUGUAUCUGAGCCUGAUAGUCCAGGAACCCCUCCUAUGGUUAGUUGGUCCCCGACACCAGAGUGUAGCAUUCUUAACGGAGAGGACCUUUCAGAUCCUGGACUGUCCGAGCCGCCGCCUGGUGAGUGGCGGUUCACCUACUUGGACGAAAAUAACAACGAAACUGUGAGCCGAUCCCGAGCUGCCUUCCUCGAGAGUAACGACAUGACGGGAUUGUGGCUGAGGGUUAAAACGUACAGCAGCACACUGGGACAUUGUGAUAAAUUAUAUGUGGAGGAGGAUGAUCAACAUACCAACCAUACCAAACAUACCAACAUACCUGACACCAGGUAUAAAGUUAUACAUGUGGAAGUAUCGUACUGCCCCCUCAAGGCGCCGGGUCUGCCUCGGUUGAAAGCUCUGAAAACUAAGCCCAGGGAAACAUUAGUUGAAGAAGUUAGGACAAACGAAAAUCGCUCGUCCAACCCAACUGAUCAGGAGUCGAGAAAGAGCGCACCGAAGGACAAGACGAAACUUAAGUCGUCGAGUGUCGAAAAACAAGGUUUACCGAAAAAGGCGGCUCUGCCUGACAUCUCAGACUCGGAAGAUGAAUUCGACCACAGUUGGUUUGACAACGAUAGACUUAGCCAGGUCAUCAGUACAGGACUACAACCUCCUUCCAACGCACCCUGGCUCAAGCAAUCCUCUAGGUCUCCUACUUAUCAGCCAAACAAACCACCUGGAUCAAAACGGGAAAUUCCAACGUCUUCCGGAGUUUUUGACAUGAUCCCGACGUCAACAGUUUCGAAACCGCCAAAUAGAAACACGGUUCCACCUGAUUUAAACGAAAGCGCACCAAGUUGUAGUGUAACGAAAUCAAAUGGGCGAUGUCCUCUUUUGACUGAUGCCCAUCCCGCAAAGACUGCUACGAUCCUAUUUAAAUUCAAACCAAAGACUUUCAAGAUCAGUCUGUGUGUUGACAACGCUGAAGUAAAUACCAAACGACAGAAAAUUCUCCUUCAGGAAUUGGACAAAAAUGGAGUUUCUUACAAUGUCAGGAAGCUACAGAUAGGUGAUUUCCUGUGGAUAGCAGUGGACAGUACAGGCGAGGAACUAGUACUAGAUGUAGUGGUAGAGAGGAAGAGAAUGGACGAUUUAGCUCAGAGCAUAACUGGGGGCAGGUUUGCUGAACAGAAGCUGAGACUAAAAUCCUGUGGUCUAGCCCGGAGAGUUUAUCUGGUGGAGACUAAAGCCAGUUACUUGAGUCUGCCCGAGCAGUCUCUCAAUCAAGCUGUGGUUAAUACUCAGGUUAUCGACGGUUUUACCAUAAAAAAGACUCAGGAUAUCAAAGAGACCGCAGCUUACCUAACUAUACUAACAAGAUAUCUCAGCAACAAGUACCAAGAUGAGGAAUUGAGCGGUAUAACGGAUCCAAAGUGUACAUCAGACACACAGCUCCUGACCUUCAGCUCCUUCUCCCAGCACAGUGUUAAGAACAGGGUAUUCAGUGUCGGUGAGGUCUGGUUGAAACAGUUGGCCCGGAUUCCUAAGAUAUCUCAAGACAAGGCCGAGUCUAUUGUGAAGGUGUUUCCCACCGUUAAAGACAUGAGAAAAGCUGCAGAUUCUCGCCCGAACAAGGAUGACAUUGUAUCCGAGAUAAAGUUCGGUUUCGGCCGGAGAAAGAUCGGGAUCGCUGCAAGUAGGGUUGUUGGAGGUCUCUUUUCAGACUCUCCUUUACACUGAGCUGUGGCACUGGAGGAGAGAAGUCUACAGAAAAUCGGAAAUGUUGCAACACUUUAGGUAUCGAAAUUGAGGUAACUAAGUGGUUUUCCAAAGUCGGUUCAUUUUAGUCGGAGAUUUUCGCGUUUCUGACAUGGUAGGAAUUAAUUUUAAUUGAUAUUUAUUGUAUACUGUAGUGUUGAUACUUUACUUUUUAAAUUUUGCCGAGACUUGAAAAACGUACCCUGUACUGUUGAAUUUGAAAAAAUUUAUGAAUUGUUUAAAACAUGUUAUGUUAUUUAAGUUCGUGUGUACUGUGUUUGCAUGCAUUUUUUAAAUAAAUGCAGUAUAACAAGUUUUAUAACUGUUUGCUUUAAAUUUGUAGCUAACCAAAUAAACUGAUGGACUGUGUUUAUUGUUUAUUAUUAUUCAGUGUCUUAUGUUAAGGCUGAAAUUUAGGUUUGAGAACACAGAAUAGAUAGGUAAUAUUUUAUAUAGCGCAAAGUUAAGAAUGUGUCCACAAUUUUAGGUAAAAACUGAAACUAUUGUAUUACUAUUAUGUGAGAUAAAAUGUACGAUUUUUAAUUUUAACGCCUAGAUAAAAAUAGAUCGUGUAUUUAUUUCCAAUUGCACUUCUUUGUCGAUUAUAAAAUUUACUUGCAAAACGAAUGAAUACUUUAUCUGUUCCUGAGACGUAAAAAUGUAGUGCAUUGUACAUAUUCUUCCAUUGUAUUAGAAGCGCUGUUGAUUGUGGUCAUUAUUGGCACAGUGCCUCAGCAGUCAGCAAAGUCACAUAGUUCAAGAUAAUGGUCCUGACUCUUAUAAAGGUAUUAUCUAGUCACGUGACUAUUCUAUAUAUAUAUCAGCAUUCAACAUGGUGUCACGUGAUCAGUGCAGGUUUAAUGGCUUUCGUGCUCGGUUAAUAGUUAGAACUUGAAAAUGUCACGAUCAGUCUUCUGCCUUCAAAAACGUUUUUGUUCAGGUUCAUACGAGGUAGUUUACGAUUUGCAGUGAAAGCAGUAUUAAUGACAUUCUCACUUUUCAGAACUAAGUGCCUAAUAUAAUUAAGAUAUAUCAUCC